AACAACUUGAAUGCUUGUCUUUUUUUUACUUUGCUUUCUUCUUUCUUUAGCUUCUUCUGUCCAAAGAUCUCUCUCUCUAUUUAUGUGACAGUCACUUCACCAACAUCAUGGAUGUUCUGCUCAUUCUAUUCUUGGGUUUGGUUGGUCAGUUGUUAGCGUUAAACAGGAAGCUGUAAGGACAUAAACUGCAGUAUGGGUGGAAAUAGCAUUAGAGUUUUGGUUGGAGUUGUUGUGUAUCUAGUUAUUAUUGUGUUUCUUCUUGUCGGUAUCUUAGCAAACUCUGCAUCAACUGUUUCAUCAACAGAAACUGUCAAGACUGUGCGGUUUAGUGGUAAGGAUGUGAAUCUGUUUCAUGUGAGCAAGCGAAAAGUUCCAAAUGGACCUGAUCCUAUCCACAACAGGAAAGCAGAAACUUCAAGACGGCCACCACUAGUAUGAUAUAGCUCCGGACGUACAUGGUACUUGGUGAUUUACCUGACCUCUGAAAUGCGUUUCCAUGUCAAGAGGAUACAUUUUACUAAGUGGGCAAUCUAUACUUUCAGAUUCAGAUAUAUUCUAUGAACUCGUAGCUUGUGAAGCCUUGCUCUGUUUUUGCAAAGGUGAAGUCUCUUCUUGCUUUGUAGUUGGAAGGUGACGUUUUAGCUCUCUUUAACUUUUUAGGAACAUCUUCGGUGAAGGUGGGAAGCUUGAGGCAGAUACAAUAGACUUUUAAGGCUUUAUAGGGUUUUAUAAUUACAUUCGUAUUAAUUAUAGGCUUAUGUCUUCAUCAAACUCUCAUGUGUGUUAAAAAAAACUCAUGUGUGUUAAAAAAACUCAUGUGUUUCCUCAUUUUCCCCUUAAACUACUGUUCUUAUAUAUUAUCUAUGCCUCAUAAUAUAUCUAACCAGUACAUGAUUUUGCUUCUUAUUAAAAGGCUUGUCCUUGGACAACUUUAGAAUCACAUCUUUGGGUUCUUCUAAACUGUGGGAAUCUGACAACGUGAAAACAAAAGGAGUAUAGAUGCAAAACUUCUCUUUCUCUCUCCUUUCGCUUUCUUACCUUCUUUAGUUUCUUUUUUUUCUCAAUUGGAUUUUGACUGUAUCGAGAAGCAUACGCUAAAGUAAUAUUCUUCAAGAGAAAAACUCUCUUUAUCCUGUCUGCAUGGGACACAGAUUCCAGUUUUGCCUUUCCUUUUGUUCUUAAAAAGAAAACAUAAGUGAAGGUUUGUUUUGUCACUCGUCCAUGACCAGAAACAUAAGUUCAAAGACACAAGGGAAGACUCUUAGCAAUUACACUUCUGUUUUUACACACAUAUAUAGUCCACAAAUUUAGAACCUUAUGCAACUAUGCAUCUUUCUAACUUGGUAGUAGGAAGUAGUACAAGAUGAUAUACACAAAUUAUAAUACCUCUAAGAUCAUACAGUCCUGAACAUCCUUAGCAUUACAGGUUUUCCCGUAAGGGUUUACGUCACACAGUCUUCUUCUCUUUUGUAUCGAAAAUCGAAGGGAAGUUCAUAAGACAUAUGGCGAAGGAAAGUGGUUGUGGUCAUUCCAUGACCACAACUUGCCUUGCUUCUUUUACUGAACCCAAAGCAUUCACUAAAGCAAAUAAGUCUCGAGAAGGGCUUGAACUGUGUUGCUGAGCUUGCAUUCUACAGGGUGCAAGCUGACAAACACAAACGUUCUUGUAUGAAAUGGAUGAUCUAAUCUUAUUCACAUUUUUUCAGAACAUUCCAUAUAUAAGCCUUUAUGUUUGUUUUCAUUUUUAAAAGGAGGGAGUGUCAAGUUUGAAAAUUAAAUUAGAGGAUCAUGAAUGACUGGUGUAAAUGAUGGUUUAUUUACCCAUUUUGAAACUACUCCAUAUGUUUAGUUUUUAUUAUAACUAGUGGUAUUCCGGUGCUACGCGCCGGGUUCGUAUGAUGUAUUUUUACAUUAAUUUAUAAUUUAUUAUAUGGUCUUCAUAAAUAAAACAUUCUAAAAAUAUGAAAAUGAAAACUGAUGUUUUCUUAUCUUUUGGAUAGUAGUUAACGACGAUAAUGUAUUAAUUUGUUCGAAGUUUUUUAAUUCAAAGUAAAAUAGCAUAAAUGGUUAUUACUAAUCAAUUUAAUAAAAGUAGGAUAAAAAGUCUAUAGGCAUAACAAAGUUAAUUUAGUUGGAAUUUAAACAUAAAGCAAAAUUGUUAUUUUAUUUAGAGAAAAUACUUAUAUUUCAUAACUUAUUAAUUAUGAACUAUAAAACUUGUACUAAUAUAUUUAGUUUAAAAAAUAGGAAAAUAGAAUAAGUGUCAAAUUUUAUAAAUUUAUAAUAAAUAAAUGUGAAGUGUCAAUUUUUGGUAAAAUAAUUGGUGAGUAUCUAACUUGCACCCAUCUCAAAUAAUUGGUGAGUAUUAUAUUAUCAUACUUUGUAAUGUUUGUUAGAGGGUUGUCCUCAUGUUUGUGUGUGGCACUUUCUACGUAUGAUCAGCUUGAAGUUGUGGUAUUUUUAAAGGUUGGUUUUCUAAAUUGAGUGCCUCUAUGUAUUUGCUUUAAUUGAAUGUAGAAAAGUUUCUGAGCCAAGUUCUCUGAUUUAGUUGAGAGCAUGAGUUGAUAAACGUUGAUGUUCACGGGUUUUCAAGAUGUUGCAAUCCAAUCCGUGGAAUUGUGCAUAUUAAAGUUUUUCAUCAAUCUAUUCAUGGUUAGUUAGUUUCAUACACAUGUUCCUUUGAUGAAAAACUUUUAAUGCAUUUGGAUAGGGCGGGAACAACAACCUAGGUGACGAUAUGCCAGGAGCUACAUGUGUGUCCUGCAUCAGCUCUUAAAUAGAGCCCACAAACUUAUCAUGCCACCAGAAGUGUGACGUUCACUUACUGAAACAACAUGAGAUGAGGAACACAUAGGGGUUGGAUCUCAGCAAGGGAGCCACAUGUUUCAACAACGGAGUGGGCGAUUAAGAAGGCACCCAAGGCAUAGAUGCUGACGAUAGCCAAAAGAAGACUCCUCUACUUUCUCACAAGCUUUGUUUUCGUUUAGUUUUUUGUUUCUCAUUUAGUUCUAGACAAAAUGAAUGGUUUUAAUUUCACGUUUUCUAUUUUCUUAAUCAAUAAAAGCACAUUUUAUCCUA